GGUGGGGGCGCGGCUUACGUGACCGGAAGUCCGCUCUGGCCGGGCGCUGUGAGGCGUCUCGAUGGUUUGAGCGCCCCGCGGACGCGGCCGGGUUGUUUUCAGGGGGUUUUGGGUUUUUUGGGGGGGUUUUUGGGGGUUUUUUUGGGGGUCCCGCCGGGUUUUGGGGAUCCUUCGUUCCCCCUCUGUGCCUCCGAGCGGCUCCGCCGCCGCCGGCGCGCCCCGCCAUGGCGCAGUCCCGGGGGGUGAACAGCCUGCGCUUCAACCAGGACCAGAGCUGUUUCUGUGUCGCCAUGGACUCGGGGGUCCGGAUCUUCAAUGUGGAGCCGCUGAUGGAGAAGGGGCACCUGGACGCGGAGCAGGUCGGCAGCGUGGGGCUCGUGGAGAUGCUGAACCGUUCCAACCUGCUGGCCAUCGUGGGUGGGGGCAGCCACCCCAAAUUCCCCGAUGCCUCAGUGCUGAUCUGGGAUGAUGCCCGUGAGGGGAAGGACAAACUGGUACUGGAGUUCAGCUUCCCCAAACCCGUGCUGGCCGUGCGCAUGCGGCAUGACAGGCUGGUGGUGGCGCUGCAGAGCCGCCUGUUCGUAUUCUCAUUCCCGCACCGACCGUGCAAACUGUUUGAGUUUGACACCAGGGACAACCCCAAAGGGAUCGUGGAUCUCUGUCCCAGUUUGGAACGAGCCUUACUGGUGUUCCCAGGGCACAAGUGCGGCAGCCUGCAGCUUGUGGACCUGGGCUCUGCCAAGCCCGGCUCCUCCUCGGCGCCCGUGACCAUCAACGCGCACCAGUCCGAGGUGGGCUGUGCCGCGCUCGGCCCCUCGGGGGCGCUCGUGGCCUCGGCCUCGCGCCGCGGGACCCUGAUCCGCCUGUUCUGCACCCAGAGCCGCGCCCGGCUGCUGGAGCUGCGCCGGGGGACGGACCCGGCCACGCUCUACUGCCUGUCGUUCAGCCCCGACUGCUCGUUCCUGUGCGCGGUCAGUGACAAAGGCACCGGCCACGUCUUCGCACUGCGCGACACGCGGCUCAACCGGCGCUCAGCGCUGGCCCGUGUAGGGAAGGUGGGGCCCGUGCUGGGCCCCUAUGUGGAGUCCCAGUGGUCGCUGGCGAGUUUCACCGUCCCGGCCGAGGCACCCGGGGUGUGCGCGUUCGGCAGGGCAGGGCGCAGCCCCAGCUCCGUCAUCGCUGUGUGUGUGGACGGCACCUUCCACAAGUAUGUGUUCAGCCCCGACGGCAACUGCAACCGCGAGGCCUUCGACGUCUUCCUGGACAUCUGCGACGAUGACGACUUCUGACCCCCCGGGACCCCCAAACCCCCCAAAACUGCCGGAGACCCCCGA